AUGGCUCCCACUAGCGACCUUGAGCAGGCUGUGGCUUGCGUUGAUGUCAAGUAUCCUGACGUGGAAUCACUCGCUGAGAUAGGCGCGGAUCGUGAAUGGCUUGUGAGAUCUGUCGAGGAGAAACUCCAAGGUAUCUCUAGUGUCGAUAGGACUGCUGUUCGUUUGUUGGACAUCGCCCGUAGCGGCGGUAUUUCGAGUGGAGGAAAAAUCCAGUUGACCAACAAGAACCAUAAGGCGGCGUACAUUUUGCAUUGUCGCGGUCUCGAAGCUCAGGUGCCGUGUGAUAAAUGCGAAAUGUCUGGUGGUCGCUACACAACCUGCGUUGUCUCACCCUCCUUUCGUGGCGCUGCCUUGCAUAGUGGUGCCUGUUCGAACUGUCUUGCCCGUGGUAGGGGAGCUGAAUGCUCGAUUCGUCGCGCGUUCGAAAAAACCGGUGGUGGCGCCCUAGACCCUGGUAGUAUUGGGUACCCAUUGGCCAUUCCAUCCUUGUUGACUAGCGUAGCUAGCAUCGGCCCAACAUGCAGCAGUGACAGUGGCGGCAAUUACUUUGUGGAUGAUGCAGGCCCUCAGCUGUGA